GCAGCUGCCAGCCUACUAGGGUCAUCCAUAAUGUGGAGAAACAGGGCGUUCGAAAGAGAGCAGCUUCCCUCGUCGUGCUUUGAAAGGAAAUGAGCAUUGGCAGGAAGUUUAAUGACUUCAGUAUUAUCAAUAUCAAUUCUUUCUAAACUCUAAAAUAUUUACAUAUUACCUAACCCAUUCUUUAUCUUACCUACUAGGUACCCUAUCUAUUAAGUACCUACCUAUAUUAUUCUUCACACAAUUCUUAUCUUCAGCAUUCAUAUGUGUCUUUCCUAGUAGUCAAUGCUCUUCUAUAUAUCCUGUUCGAGAGACACCGGCUGUCCCGUUUCGUUGUCUAGCUGACUAGCUGUCUAGCGUGACGCUCCAAUUCCCAUUCACAUGUGACAUCACCAACAGCUACCUAUACUUCCACAGCUGAUUCUUUUCCAUACAACUUGAAUCCCUUCCUAACCCUUUUGGAACUCAAGACCCUUAAAAUUCUACGGUUCACUAUCCCUUCGCAGCCCUGGAAUCCUAUAUACGCGAGCAGCUUGGGUUUUUAAAAAAAAAUGAACAGCUUGUCGCGAUAGCGCAGCGCUGGGCUUAACAUCGCGCUUCAUUCAUCUCCUAGCUUCUAAGCUUCCUAACUUCCUACUUUGGCUUAAGUGUCGUACACGACAGAAGACGACAAGAUGCCUUUACCAUUCCUUGGUCGUUUGAAUAUUGUAGAGUACAUUGCCCUUGUAGGGUCCUUUUGUCUUGUCGGUCUUGAGGCCCUCGUCCGAGUCUUGACGCUCGCAUUACCUUCGACUUUGAUAAAUCUCUUUUACCGAGCGUCGCGACGGUUGUUUAACAGGUUAACGUCGCCCGCGCAGAAGAGAGCCGAGCAAAGGAGAAAAUCCGUCUCGACGUCGAUCCGGAAUGCCUCGGACUUCGUUGAUAUCUGUGCCAUGUUUGGCUACACGGCCGAAGAACAUGUGCUGCAGACCAAAGAUGGGUAUCUACUCGGAAUACACCGCCUCGCAUGGAGAAAGGGAGAGGAAGAUAUGAAAGUCAACGACGGACCCACUAGCAUAAAGAAGCGGGUCGUCUACCUUCACCAUGGCCUUCUGAUGAACAGUGAGGUCUGGGUUUGUCUCACUGAUGCUCAGAGAUGUCUACCAUUCAUGUUGGUAGAGAGUGGUUUCGAUGUCUGGUUGGGAAACAACCGUGGUAACAAGUAUUCCAAGAAGUCAAUCAACUACCCCCCUACUUCUAUCGAGUUUUGGAACUUCUCAAUCGAUGAGUUCGCUUUUUACGAUAUACCAGACACCAUCAACUACAUCUUGGAAACUACCAGGCAGUCGUCCCUAUCUUAUAUUGGCUUCUCUCAAGGGACCGCGCAGGCAUUUGCUAGCUUGGCUGUGCACCCCGGACUCAAUGAACAGAUAAAUGUUUUCAUCGCAUUGGCACCUGCUAUGUCGCCUGCCGGUCUGAACAAUGGCAUUGUCGACGCUCUCAUCAAAGCUUCACCUCAGGUCCUCUUUCUCCUUUUUGGCAGACGUUCUAUUCUUAGCUCCGCGACCAUGUGGCAGUCUAUCCUGUACCCGCCGAUUUUUAUUAAACUUAUCGACAUGGGCUUGACUUUCCUUUUCGGUUGGAAAACCAAGAAUAUCUCUGUCAGUCAAAAGCUUGCUGCCUAUCCGCAUUUAUACUCCUUCACCAGCACCAAGUCGGUUGUCCAUUGGUUCCAAAUCAUUCGCAAUCGGUCAUUCCAGAUGUACGACGAUGACGUACAGACUCCCUUGUCUAUCAACACGUCGAGCAAAUAUACGAAAGUUGCUAGGUUCCCGACUCGUAAUAUUCGGACACCAAUAGUCCUUGUCUAUGGGGGAAGUGACUCUUUGGUGGAUAUUAAGGUCAUGUUGAGAGAAUUGCCUAACAGGACAGUUGCUACUGAGAUUCCACAUUACGAGCACUUAGACUUCCUCUGGGCUCGCGAUGUCGAUACUCAAGUGUUCCAACACGUCUUUGAUGCCCUGGAGAACUUUAGGGAUGCGGCACAUUCCUUAGAGGAGUUUGAGAGCUAUCAGCGGGCGCGCAGUGUCAGCAUGAUUGCUUCUAAUGCUUUCAAACACGUGCACCGCAAUAGCGACACACUCGAGUCUGACAGCACAUCCGUCGUGUCUAAUGCGCAACCGGAGAAUGGAGGCGAGGUUAGUCUCAGAGUGGAACACAAACCAUGCGAAGAUCAAGAGAAUCACUCCUCGAUCUCCCAAGUUGCCACUCCUCCAGCAAGCUCCACACAGACACCGACUCACACUCACCCCAUCACCAGCAUUGAUGAAACCGCCGUGGCAGCAAGUGGGGACAGCUCCAAAACAAACGGCCAUGACGGUACGACAGACCUACCAGACCCAGUGACCCCGAGUCCAUCGACCAGGCAUAGGCCGACUCGCAGGAGUGGUAGUGUGGCCAGCGUCCUUAGUCUAGACUCGAUGAAAGAGGGCCGUGGUAUUAAGAUCGGCGCCGCGAAGCCUACUAUUAGUAGUAGCAGCGACGAAGGCCGGAGGUAUGCCCAGCUCAACGUUUAAAUAAGUUCGUGGAUUCCUAAAUAGAGUGUAUAAAUCAGGAACACGGUUAGACGGGCGUUUUGCCACAACGGGUAGGUAGGCUUAUUUUUCUACCAACACUUGUUGAUUCACUCGCAAGUCCGAGAGCCUGUAUAAAUUCAUAGAAGGGAUGCAUACAAGUUGUAUAGGCCUUAGUAUAUAUAUCAGCAUCAAGUACCUACCAACCUAAGUAGAUGUCUCGUCCUUGGCGUAUAUGAAGAAGUGAAUAUGAAUCAUAGCAGUGCUCCAGUAACUACCUACCUAUCUAGGAUUGCACUGCCUGUAUCGUUAGGUUCAGAUAUACCCAAGCACCGACAAUUUCGUAUGGAUACUGAGGCAGAUAGUUAUAGGA